UGGUCUUUCCUGUAAUGGUUAACGGGCAACGGCACCGUGACGCUCUAACCAAGUCGAGUUGACUUGUUGAUUCCCUUUCCAAUCUUCAGAUACAUAAAGCCUCUUCUCAUCCAUCUCUCAAGCUUUCUUCUUUCUUUUCCUCCUCAUCCACUCGCUUCCAUUGGACCAAUCCAGCAUCAGCAUCAGCCUUGCCUCUCUACACUCGUUGUGUCUUCUCGCAUAUCAACAAGUUUAUCAACUUAAAGACAACCAAGAACAACCUUCAAAAUGAAGUACUCUUUCGCUAUUGCUGCCCUCGCCGCCGCCGUCUCGGCUCAGUCCCUCGGCGACGUUCCCAAGUGCGCUAUUCCUUGCCUUGACGAUGCCAUCGCCAGCAAGACCAAGUGUGACAAGACCGAUCUCACCUGCGUCUGCAAGAACUUCGACGAUGUCCGAAGCGCCGCUACCUCUUGUGUGAUCACCAAGUGUGGUUCCGACGUUGCCAUCAACGAGGUUCUCCCCGCUACUGAGAAGCUCUGCGACAACCCCGAGGCCGGCAGCGGCUCCGAGGGGUCCUCCAAGGCUGACACCACCAAGGCCGAGACCUCCACCAAGGUUGUCGUCACCACCAGCGCCGUUGCCGUCGAGACCACUGCUGUUGAGACCACCGCCGUCGAGACUACCACUGUCCCUCCUGUCGUUGAGAGCAAGACCACCGCUGUUCCCCCCGUCAUCGAGACUCCCACCACCAAGUCCGAGGCUGCCGGCAGUGCCACCAGCACUCCCGCUCCCUCAGGCGUCGGCGAGAACAGCGCUGCUGGCCUCAAGGGUCUCGGCGCCAUGGCCAUGGCUGCCCUCAUGGCCCUUGCUCUGUAAAUGGAGUCAAUUAUGAGACGCCAAUUUUCCUCAUUGUGAAAAGACUACUCAGUCUGCACAUUGAGAUAAGAGGCAUUGUUACGAGUUGAAAGGAAAGUGAUGAGGAGGAAUGGGAUAUGUGUACAUGGGAAUUGGAUUCGGAUUUGUGAUUGAUAUCACGGGUUAAUAAUUAAUGGUCUUGAACCACCAGAAUAUAGCAAAUAUACCAGUGACACUUGUCUCAUUUCUCUACCCUCAAUUGAUCG